UUGCCUCCAUAUUUAACAGUUCUUAAAAGCUUUGUUUCUUUUAGUUGUAAGGCCAACAGGUAGUGAGGCGAAAUAAAUAAGGUGCUAAAGGAGGUAUAGAUCUAAAGACACACCCUUCCAGCAGCCUCCCACAGUAAAUGCCAUGUUUUCAGUAAAUAAAACUUUUUCUGCUGACAUUUGCUGGAGCGAUCAGACAGGGGACGCAUUCUCAUUGCAGUGCUCGUCCUUUCACUUCUGUUUCCUGCUGUUGCUCUCCACUAAUAGUGACGACUGAUACCAGGCAGGACCUAAAUGGCAGAGAAAGGACAAGGCGACGUUGAGGGGGGUGAGUCCAAGGGACCAGAGGGGGAGGGGACCACUCCCAAUCUUGAGAAAGGGAAGAAUGGGAUUGCACAGCCGGACAGCCCAAUGAAAAAAGAGAAGAAACCAGGGGUGAUGAAAGUCCUCCGGGAAAGCAUACGGAGGGUGGGAGAGAAAAACCCCUUGGCUUCAAACAUCCGGGGGUCAAGGGAAAAACUGGGCCCAGACUCUGGAAUGGAAGGGAAUACCACAGAAAUAGGGGCACGGUCACCUGCAUCCCAAAGUCUGAGCCCUGGAUCUCAAAUAGUCUCGCCAGGAAAGCCCACGGGUCGGUUCAGUUUCCGCAUCGGGGGGAAGAUGGAUAAGGCUCCCAAACCGGACCAGCUGCAGCCUGUUGCUGAAACUCUUCGUGCGGAGAAACAGGAGAGCGUUAAGGUGAUGGAGGUGGAGGAGGAAUACCGCCUCCCAGAGAUCCCCUUCGCACCAUUGUCAGUGAUGCAGAUAAACAAACUCAUCGAGAUGGAGGUGCUGGAGGAAGCUCAUCUGAACCUGCUCUCUCUGCGGGAGGAGCUGAAGAGGGACCGAGAAGGGGGCGGGGAGGACCUGUCCUCCAUGGAACAUGCUAAAAAGGAGAAAGACCUGAACCUCCUCUAUAGUGCCCUGCGGGAAAAGGUGACGGACAUUGUGAGAGACUCCAACAAGCUCCCGUCCAGAAACAAGGAGCUGCUGGUGCACGUGGCACGAAUCAUCCAGGAGGAGGAGAAGAGGGAGGGGGACCCGGACAGCGUGGUCAAGGGCUGGAGGGACAUCUGGAGGGCCGCGGUACAGGAGGGGGUGCAGGCUAAUAUCGGGAGAGUGUACCUGGACAGCAGGGAGCAAAACAAGUCUUGGCUGGCUGUUCACUUGGGCUUACUGGGGAAAGCCAUUGUGGAAGACCUGGAGAAUGUGAAAAAUGAACUGCAGGGCUCGUACCCUCCCAGUUUCAAGGUCUUCCCCACCUACGUGGGCUGCUACCACCGUGCCGUCGGUCAGCACCUGAAGAAAAUCAUGCAGCAAAACUUGGACUCUAAGGACUGCUACCAUGUAUUGGACUGGAUGAUCAACCGUUAUGAGAGUGAGAAGAUCAUGGGCAGUCCCACUCUGCAGCCAGAAAUGAAAGCAGAUGGCAAGACCCUCUCUUUUGAGGAUGGCUUUCUGGACCAGAUCAAAGAAACCUACUCUAACCGUGUACAGACUGACCUGAGAAACUGUCUGGAGAAAUCCAUUCGACUGCAGUCUGAUGAAAUCUGGAGUGUGGGAAAGAGCCCUGAAAUAGAAGAAGACUUCUAUCAAUCUGAAAUGCACAUGGAUAUCAUGACGGUAAUCAAGAGCUAUGUAAAGAAUUCCUGUAGAAUUGACACAGGCCUGGAGAAGAGGGUUGUGCACGCCUGUUCUACAGAGCUGAAAGAGUUUCCACAACGCUUUGAGGGCGAGUUCAAGCAGUGGAGUGACACCGCAACAGAUUUAUCACUGAAAUCUGCAUAUCAGGUCACUUACAUAAACAGCUUCACUAUCCUGAGAGAACAGAUGGAGGUGUACAGAGAGAGCUGCCCACUGCAGGUGGAGGCCCUGGGGAAGGAAAUGAAGGCUGUGGUUGACAGACUUGGCCAGUCCCUCCUGGAGCAGUUUCAAACUGACAUGAGACCCUACCUCAGGAGGAUGAUGACCAGGAAGUGGCUUUCCACAGACGAGGACUUUCAGCAGAUUGUGAAGAUCACGAAUCACCUGUCCCAGCACUGUAGACUGAUGAAACCGCCAUAUGUGCAGGAAUUCGUGAACAAGGUGCACUACCACGUGGUGAAGGAGUACGUCUCUCAGCUGAUGAAGAACAACUACUCCUGCAAAAACAGGAAGCAUGAGAAAGCAGCUGCCAAAAUGAAGGAGCAGUGGGCAGGGCUCCAGGAUAUCUUUGAGGAGAUGAAUUCUACCUCUGAUUGGCUCCAUCCAGUUGGAAAGCACCUGUGCGACAUCAUCGGAGAGAAAAACAGUAAAGAGAUAAAGGACAAUCUCGCAGACCUUGUGAAAGACUACCCUGACUUCAGCAAGAAGCACCUCUCUGCUGUGCUGUACUUCCGGGGGAUGGUGCGGGGUCGGGAGCGGCAGGCGGUCCUGCGGCGGCUGGGCGAGCUGAAGCACGCUGCAGGGCACCCUGGGGACAAGAGCCGAGCUCUCUUCAGCGACAUCCAGGUCGCCGUCAACACGGACUGCCUGGCCAACGCGCCCCUGUUCUGCCUGUCCCACUCCUCCAUAGGCAGUUAGCUGUGCCCCAUGUGUACCACUCCCUUUACCCUCCUGAUGGUUCCGCACCUAAUCCUGCAUGAAGGUGGGGAAAUGGGAUCCCCGAGCAGUGUCCACAUUUCUCGUCGGUUUUCGUUCUUUCCUUCAGAAUUUCUUCUGGGACUGUGAAAUACUGUGAUAUCAUAUAAAACACUAGGUAGAUUACUGUUUGUUAUAAUAGUUGGCUAUAGUGACCUAAGUUAAAUAUUUUUCAAACAUAUUUCUGAAUUUCAAAUUGUUCAUGUUCUUUCUCAAGACGCCGAUCAAUUUUACAUAUAUCUUUCAACGAGCAGUGUGGAGCCCUCCUGUGUCCACAGAUAGCCGUUGUCCUUCCACCUAUGUAUCUGAUUAAUCUUAAGGUUGUGAAUAAGCACUAGACUAUGUAUUAGAUGGCAGUCAAACAGAAAAAGAAAGCUUCAUAUUGAUGUUGUGUAAUAGACAUUUCUUCACACGCAAGACAAUCCCUCACAAUGAGACAUCAAUGAGACGUGCGUUUAUUCCAUGUGGAAAAGCCAUUCUUGUGUAAGUUGCCUUUAAACCAGUUAUUUUGUUUACUGUGCAAUUACAUACAGUAACACACCAUCCCAUUGGACUUGACAUGAGUAGAAUAUCGGCUUUAUGUAGUACAUGCAUUGUGCUAUGGAACUUAAAAAGAACUCAAAAGAUUCAAUCACAUGUUCAAAAAAUAAUCCUCCGUUGUCAACAUGCUGCAGGUUUGUACGUACCUCUCAGUAACAAUCGUAUGCAUUUUGGCUGUCACUGUCUUCACCAACAAAAUGAAGUACUCUAGUAUAAAUCAAGAGCUUUCAGGUUAUUGCUUUUAUUCAAAUAUUUAUAACAUCAACACUGUGAACUUAGAUAAGCCACAUAGAAGCUUGUGAAAUAUACCGUAUCUGAAGAAGUUUGCAAUCAUUUUUAGUAUUAGCACUUUUGAACACUUCUUUUAUAGAGAUAUUCAUUUUUCAUCUGGACUGCAAGGGGUUUGCAUGAAAAAUUUGCCCUGAUAGUAUGUGACAUCAAUAAACUAUUCAACAGCUCUAUGGUGGAUAUUGCACCAACACAUUAUAGCAAGUUGGUUUUCAUUCUGCACAUUUAUUGCUAAUUAUUCUGGAUUAUGUUAUUUCUGUUAAUUGUAUGGUGAUGAAUUAUAUAUUUGUAUUUGUAUGUAAAUAAUUCCAAGUUAUGUGAUAUUUUGUGAGCACACAUUCUGUUGAUAUAACCAGUUAUUGAGAUGUGCCAAAUAUUGAGUUUACUGGAGAUAAAAUGCAAAUAAAAUUGUUUCUUUCUUUAUUGCAUUUCAUCAUAAA